GGGGCUGGGCUCUACUGGGGGCCCCCGAGCGCCGCUCCCGGACUGGGGCUCGCGGCGGGCGCCUCGGGGGGCGUCCGGACGGCGGGGUCUCGAGGCUUCCCGGGUCCGAGGCGGGAGGGGUGGGGGCCGAGAGCCCGCAGCCCCCCGCCCCCCGUUCCCCCCGGAGAGGAGAGGAGAUCCGCUUUCUGGGUUUUGCUUCUCUUUUCCCCCCACCCCCACCCCGGGGGCUGGGGCGAGGGGAGUCGGGUUACAGGGUGUUUGGGGAGGGGGGCUUAGGGGGAGGGUCUAUCUUUCUAUCUCGCUUUCUCCCCCCUCCCCAGUUCUUUGUUCCCCCUCCCCACACCCCCUCCCCUCCUCUCCCCUCCCCUGCGCGCUCCUCUUCUCCCUUCCACCCUCUCCUCUCUCUCUCUCCCUCUCUCCCAGCUUUUGUUUAGCCAUGCCUAGUCUAGUGGUAUCUGGAAUAAUGGAAAGAAAUGGGGGCUUUGGGGAACUAGGGUGUUUCGGGGGGAGCGCCAAGGACCGAGGGCUCCUGGAAGACGAGCGCGCCCUCCAGCUGGCUCUCGACCAACUCUGCCUCCUGGGUUUGGGGGAGCCCCCCGCCCCCACGGCGGGCGAGGACGGGGGCGGCGGGGGGGGCGGCGCCCCCGCGCCGCCGGCCGCCCCCCCGCAGCCGGCCCCGCCGCCGCCCGCGGCGCCCCCCGCCGCCCCGCCGGCGGCCCCCGCCGCGCCCCCGCCGCAGCCCCCCGCCGCCCCCAAAGGGGCCGGCGACGCCAAGCUCUGCGCGCUCUACAAGGAGGCCGAGCUGCGCCUCAAGGGAAGCAGCAACACCACCGAGUGCGUCCCGGUGCCCACCUCGGAGCACGUGGCCGAGAUCGUGGGCCGGCAAGGCUGCAAGAUUAAGGCAUUGCGGGCCAAGACUAACACCUACAUCAAGACUCCGGUGCGGGGUGAGGAGCCAGUGUUCAUGGUGACUGGGCGGCGGGAAGAUGUCGCCACUGCCCGCCGCGAAAUCAUCUCUGCAGCCGAGCACUUCUCCAUGAUCCGCGCCUCCCGCAACAAGUCUGGUGCCGCCUUUGGCGUAGCGCCCGCCCUGCCGGGCCAAGUGACCAUCCGUGUGCGGGUGCCCUACCGCGUGGUGGGGCUGGUCGUGGGACCCAAGGGGGCCACCAUCAAGCGGAUCCAGCAGCAGACCAACACCUACAUCAUCACGCCCAGCCGCGACCGCGACCCGGUGUUCGAGAUCACGGGGGCCCCGGGCAACGUGGAGCGCGCGCGCGAGGAGAUCGAGACGCACAUCGCGGUGCGCACGGGCAAGAUCCUCGAGUACAACAACGAGAACGACUUUCUGGCCGGCAGCCCCGAGGCCGCGCUGGACAGCCGCUACUCCGAGGCCUGGCGCGUGCACCCGCCGGGCUGCAAGCCCCUGUCCACCUUCCGGCAGAACAGCCUGGGCUGCAUCGGCGAGUGCGGCGUGGACUCAGGCUUCGAGGCCCCGCGCCUGGGUGAGCAGGGCGGCGACUUCGGCUACGGAGGAUACCUGUUCCCCGGUUACGGGGUGGGCAAGCAGGACGUGUACUACGGAGUGGCGGAGACCAGCCCCCCGCUCUGGGCGGGGCAGGAGAACGCCACGCCCACCUCCGUGCUCUUCUCCUCCGCCUCCUCGUCCUCAUCCUCCUCUGCCAAGGCCCGCGCCGGACCCCCGGGCGCGCACCGCUCGCCGGCCUCGUCCUCCGGGCAGGAGCUGGCCGGCCUCCCGCGACGGCCCCCGGGAGAGCCACUGCAGGGCUUCUCCAAGCUCGGGGGCGCCGGCCUGCGGAGCCCCGGCGGCGGGCGCGAUUGCAUGGUCUGCUUCGAGAGCGAAGUGACCGCCGCCCUGGUGCCCUGCGGACACAACCUCUUCUGUAUGGAGUGCGCCGUGCGCAUCUGCGAGAGGACGGACCCCGAGUGUCCCGUCUGCCACAUCACAGCCACGCAAGCCAUCCGAAUAUUCUCCUAGGCC